GCUAGCUGACGUCACAUGGUUUAGCAACUGGCGCGCGGCACGGAAGGAAGCGGCGUGUCUUUCUCUAUUUAACUUAACAGAAAAGUAUUUAAAAGGUGGUGGACAUGGCCUCAGAGGACAUCGCUCAGCUGGCUGAUGCUCUCUCCAAGACACACGUCGGUGAUGGAGAGCUGAGCUUUAAAGGUCUGGGACUGAAGCUCGACGACGCGGAAUCAGUGCGGGAGCUGGUCAGCCAGAUCGAGCGGUACCCGGGUCUGAGAGCUCUGCGGCUGGAAGGAAACACCGUGGGAGUGGACGCUGCUAGAGCCAUAGCUAAAGCUCUGGAGAGCAAAGACCAGCUGCAGAGAUGCUACUGGAGUGAUAUGUUCACAGGAAGGCUGCGCUCUGAAAUCCCCACUGCUCUGAUGUCCUUGAGUGGUGCGUUAAUGAGCGCUGGUGCCAGGCUGACUGAGCUGGACCUCAGUGAUAACGCCUUUGGGCCUGAUGGCGUCAGAGGAAUUGAGCAGCUCCUGAAGAGUCCGUCCUGCCACAUGCUGAGGGAACUGAGACUCAACAACUGCGGCAUGGGAACAGGAGGAGGAAAGAUCCUGGCUGAGGCUCUAAUCGAGAGCCACAAAAAGUCAGCAGCCCUUGGAUCCCCCCUGAGACUGAAAGUGUUCAUUGCAGGGAGAAACCGGCUGGAAAAUGAUGGAGCCACUGCCCUGGCUAAGGCCUUCCAGCUUAUGGGCAGCCUGGAGGAGAUCCACAUGCCUCAGAAUGGCAUCAACUAUGCCGGGGUGACGGCCUUAGCUUCAGCCAUCCGUCACAACCCAGAGCUUCAGGUUCUAAACUUUAAUGACAACACCUUCACCAAGAGGGGAACCCUGGCCAUGGCGCAGGCGCUGAGGCACCUUAGAAACGUCCAGGUGAUCAACUUUGGCGACUGUCUGGUUCGCUCAGAAGGAGCCAUCGCCCUCGCUGCGGUUUUGAGAGAAGGUCUUCCCAUCCUAAAGGAGCUCAACUUGUCGUUUGGAGAGAUCACAGAGGGAGCCGCUCUCAUCGUCGCUCAGGCCGUCAUGGAUAAACCCCACAUGGAGAAAGUGAAUCUGAACGGCAACUGUUUGGGUGAGGACGGCUGUGAGGUCUUGCGAGAAAUGAUGGACAAUAUGGACAAAGGAGACAUGCUGGCUUCCCUCAGUGAGGAUGAGGGGGAACCAGACGACGAGGAAGAUGAAGACAGCGAUGAAGGCGAUAGCGAUGCCAGCGAUGAAUGUUAUGAGACCAACGUGUGUGACGAGAUUGUUAAAGAAAACGGAACAACAGACGAAGGAAGCCCCGAAAAACCUGAGAGCCAAGCAGAAAUCCUGGCUUUCCUCAGCAGCCCCUCAGCAGAAGAUUUGUGCCGUAUGAAGAUGAACCUUCAGCAGCAGGUGAAUGCAUCUGAACCAAAUAAGGCAGCAGACAUUUUUUUGAAGCUUGGCUCCCUGUACAGCGAGGACACAGAAACCCAGUUUGCUGUGUUUGAAAUGAUCGAUGAAGUUUUGAAGAAGAUCCUCUCUGCUUCGGCUCUCCAGUCAACCUGCUUCCUCACCACCCUGAUGGUCCUGAUGGGAGUCCUGAAGGGAGAAGGCAAAGCAAAGAAGGUGCCGCUAGUCCCAGGUCAGCUGUUAUGUUUGGAACAUGCUGUCCAGCAGGAAUAUUUCACUCAGGAACACGCCUCUCUGCUUUACACCAUGCUGUCCAGAAACUGUGACGCUCUGAAGUCUUUCAGCAGCGCCAAAGAGAGACUGAGCUCUGCUCUGGAGAAGAAAAAGCCCAACCACCACUAACCAACUGAAGCCAGCAUCAGAAACACACUGAUCUUUAUUUUUCUACGUUUUAAACCAACAGGGAAACUGUCCACUUGAACAGAGCCACUUGAUGUAUACCUCCAGAUGUGUAUAUUUUAUAAAUGUGACUGUCCAUAAUGCUGUAAUCUAUAUUUUUCUACUUUUGAUUGUGAUGUAUACAUUUCUAAAAAAA